UCAGAGACGCCAGACGGCUUGCGCUUCGAGAUGCUGCCCGUCAGUCUCCGCCAUGCCAGCCUCCAAGGCCCGCAAGCGCGCUGCUCCGGCCGCUAAUAAUGACGCACGGAUAAGCCAUUGCUCGCCGCAUGCCUGACUGACCUGGUCCUUGUCGCAGGCUCGAUGAGCUGUCAAUGAUGCCGCGUUUCCCAUGGCAGCUGAAGCGCAAGGUGGGCUGGGCCGAAAGCCCGGGCCAGCAGCAAGACCAGGCCGGGGCUGGGUGGAAGAGGAUCUCGUAUCCGUGGAUCGCAGCAGCGCAGCAGGUAGACACGGCAGAGAGGCAGAGAGGCAGUGAGGCGGACAAGAGACGAGAAAGAGGAGACGAGGGCCCUGUGCCAAGGUCGCACCAGAUACUGACGACACCAGCUCUUCUUAUCUUGACAGAGGCCGGCGGAGUUGACUUAUGCAAGCCCGGGACUCUCCACCAGCCCCCAAACUUAUACUUUUCCUUCGUCGAUAGACCUUUCUCUCCUCCUCCUUCACCUGCAUCCGACACUUUGCUCUCCUCGCUCUUCUCGUUGGCCGGAAGACCGUCACCCGUGGCUUCUUGACAGAAAACCUAUCUGGCGGAGACUAGGAGCUUGACCUGCAUCUGUCUUUGCCCGGCAGCCCCAGACUUGGCCCCAGGAGGACGGCAAUUCUUCAAUCAGAACGAACGAGGACCCGCAAUCACUCAAACGUUCUCUCUUGCUAGACCUUCCGGGUCCAGCAUAGUUGAACCCAAAAUCCCAAAAC